GGAUCGUUCCUCUUGAGUGCCGCCACCUUACCAUUGGGGAUUUUGAUGGAUCGGUUUGGGCCACGCCCAAUCAGGCUCAUCGGCAGCUCUUGUUUUGCAGCUUCUUGUGCGAUGAUCGCCACUGCAGCCUACAACCCUGAAGGUGAGCUCCAACAUGAGAACAAGGCCAAGACGGCAGGCACAGUUGUCCUCUCUCCCUCUAGUGUUGUCCAUCCUCAUCUUCUUUGCUGUUUCCUUCAACGGCUUCGGAGGGAUCUGCCUGACGUUCACCUCGCUCACGCUUCCCAACAUGUUCGGGAAUGUCCGCUCCACCAUCCUCUCUCUGAUGAUCGGCUCCUACGCUUCUUCAGCCGUCACCUUCCCCGGUGUCAAGCUGAUUUACGACCUCGGAGUGUCGUUCCGGGUCAUCAUGUGGGUCUGGUCUGGCCUGGCCUGUCUGGUUUUCCUCAACUGCUUCUUCAACUGGCCUGGCGAAUCCUUCCCUGCACCUGAAGACGUCAGAUACAGAAAAAAGGUGAAACUCAGCCGAGUGGUGAUGGAGAACAAGAUGACUGGAGACAGAUCCGUCACUCACCUGACCGUCAUGGAGGACAUGAUGGAAGGCAAGAAGAAGGACCACACGGAUGAAACGCCACAAGACUCUGUGUCUCUGUGUCACUCCAUGUGUUCGCCCAUUUUCAUGUGGAGCCUCAUCACCAUGGCCAUGACCCAGCUGAGGCUGAUCUUCUUCAUGGGUGCUAUGAAUAAGAUGCUGGAGUUCCUGGUCACACAUGGCGACCCCAAUUCAUCUAAAGAGCUGCAGAAGGAAGCAGAUGAACAAGUUGCGUUCUACUCCUCCGUCUUCGGUUCAAUGCAGCUGCUGUGCUUGCUGACGUGUCCUCUGAUCGGCUACAUCAUGGACUGGAGAAUGAAGGAGUGCCAGGACGAGAACGUUGUCGUGGAGAAAAGCCAAGCAGUUCCUGAGAAACGAGACAGAAACAUCCAGAAACUGACCAAUGCCAUGAGGGCCUUCGUCUUCACCAACCUCCUCCUGGUCACGUUUGGCAUCAUUUGUUUGAUCGACAACCUGCCGUUACAGAUGGUGGCGUUUAUUUUGCACACCAUCGUCCGAGGAUUCAUCCAUUCGUGCUGCGGGGGACUGUACGCCGCCGUGUAUCCAGCCAACCACUUUGGGACGCUGACAGGCAUGCAGUCCAUGAUCAGCGCUGCGUUCGCCCUGCUGCAGCAGCCCUUGUUCAUCAUGAUGGUCGGGCAUCUAAAGGGGGAUCCGUACUGGAUCAAUCUGGCCCUUCUCGUCUUCUCUCUGACGGGCUUUCUCUUGCCGGGAUAUCUGUUUUAUCACCGGAGAAACCUGAUCAGAGCAAAGAGCAACAAACAGGCCGACAGUCCAUCUGCCAAUGAAGACGAACAAUUAUGCCGGUCGGACAGUGCCAGCCGAGCAAAUGGUCACCCUGCCAACCUGCCUAAUGGACUCAGUACUUACUGAGAAUGUUGCGUUUCUUUUCCUCCGGAAAGUCCUUGUAAAUGCGCUAAUGCCACUAGUAGCCCUGACAGCGAGAAGUUCAAGGUGGAAAUCACCGUUCUGACAAGUUCCCUCACGUGCCAUCAAACAACGUUCUCUGCUCAGUCCAGGUGUUUACUUAUUUUUAUCUACUUUAUCUACUUGAUUUCUAGUUCUGAAGACCCAAUGAUGAUAUACAUGUAUAAUUUGAGCUUCUGUCGGAGUUGAUUCAUAUCGAUAUGAAUUUGUUUUUCUUCAUAAGCUAUAAUGACGUGAAGCAUCUGUUGUUACUGCUCAGAAUAUGUCUCAUAUCUUCAACCCUCCCCUCUCCUCUCCACCAGUCCAAAACAUCUACUCUGUCUCCAAACUUCUCCACCUGUCCCUCUACUCUGUCUCCACGUCCUCCACCUUGGCUGCACUCUCUCCUUCACAUUACAGCAAGUGCUGCAGAAACAUGCUUCAAAAGUCCAUCACUGUAAAUAGUACUUGAAACAGAUGGAGUUGCUGUACUGUACGUGUAAUAUAUGUUGAAUAUUUUUAAAUCUUGAUUUAUCUUUAUUCUAUUAUUCUUUAAUCUGUUUCCCACAUCUCAUCACUGUUGAUGCAGAGCAACAAAGUGUAAAUUCAAUUCACUACAAUUUCUAAUGUUCUCUUCGAGGACCGUAACAUUAAUUCUCCCUGGUUGUUAUCAGUCCAGUCUGAUCGGAUGAAUGUCACAUUCAUGUAAAUAUAAAGGCCUUGUUGUGCAAUUAAAAACAUC